AUUUGCGAGCGCCCUUCCUGCCCACUCCGCCCCACAGAGGCGCCCCCUUCUCUCCUCCCACCCGGCGGCGGCGGCGGCUGUCCUAAGUAGCCACGUGACUUGGGGGUUUGAGCGGGAGGGAUGACUCUCUAGCCCUCCCAGGCCCUUCUCUCUGGUUGCCUGCAGGGGAAAAAAUGGAACUGAAACGGCUAAGUGUCUCCCUGGUUGUGGUUUUGUUCCUCGUCCUGGUCCUGCAGAUCUUGUCUGCUGUCGAUUUUGAUCCAUAUCGGAUCCUUGGAAUCAGCAGGACAGCUAGUCAGGCGGACAUUAAAAAGGCCUAUAAGAAGCUUGCCCGGGAAUGGCAUCCUGACAAAAAUAAGGACCCAGGAGCAGAAGAUAAGUUCAUACAAAUUAGCAAGGCUUAUGAGAUCCUGUCCAAUGAGGAAAAGAGAUUAAAUUUUGACCGCUAUGGCGAUGUGGGGGAGAACCAGGGCUACCCCCAUCAGCAACAGUCCCAGCACCGCCCGUUCCACCACUUCCACGAGAGCUUUUAUUUCGACGAAUCCUUUUUCCACUUCCCGUUCAACUCGGACCGCCGCGACUCCUCCGACGAGAAGUACUUGCUGCACUUCUCACACUACAUCAACGAGAUUCUGCCCGACAGUUUCAGAAAACCCUACCUCAUCAAGAUCACGUCGGACUGGUGCUUUAGCUGCAUCCACAUUGAGCCCGUGUGGAAGGAGGUGGUCCAGGAACUUGAAGGGCUGGGAGUGGGGAUUGGCGUUGUUCAUGCUGGCUAUGAGAGGCGCUUGGCACAUCACCUAGGAGCACACAGUACGCCAUCCAUCCUGGGACUUAUCAAUGGGAAAAUUACCUUUUUCCACAAUGCAGUUGUUCGGGAGAAUCUGCGGCAGUUUGUGGAAAGCCUACUUCCCGGUAACCUUGUUGAGAAGAUUACAGAUAAAAACUACGUCAGAUUCCUGUCGAACUGGAAGAAAGAGAACAAACCCCAUGUGCUUCUCUUUGAUCACAUGCCCCUCGUCCCUCUGUUAUACAAGCUGACGGCGUUUGCUUACAGAGAUUACCUGUCCUUUGGAUAUGUGUACGUUGGGCUCCGAGGUACAGAAGAGCUGUCCAGCCAGUAUAACAUCAACGUCUACACGCCCACCAUGAUGGUGUUCAAAGAGCACGUCGAUAAGCCUGCUGAUGUCAUCCAGGCCCGAGGCAUGAAGAAACAGCUUAUUGAUGACUUCCUGUCUCAGAACAAGUUCCUCAUGGCAUCUAGGCUCACCAGCCAGAAGCUUUUUCAGGAGUUGUGUCCUGCGAAAAAGUCUCACAGGCAGCGCAAGUACUGUGUGGUCUUGAUUACCGGCGAGGGCGAUAAAUACACUGUGAGCUAUGAAGCCUUUCUGGCUUUUGCUCUGGCCAACACGAAGGACACCCUGAGGUUUGUGCACAUCUACAGCAACUACCAGCCGCAGUUUGGGCACACUUUGCUGAUGGACGACGAAAGAUUCCACGGGAAGUCAGCUGUGGUCAUCUUGGAGAGGCGCAACAAUGCUGGGCGAGUAGUCUACAAAGCCCUCGACGAACCCUGGAGCGGCAGUGAAGAGGACAACUUCAUUCUUCUGGACCUCCUGGAUCAGCUGAGGACAGACCCAGGCAUUCUCUCUUCUGAUACCAUCCUGCCAGACUUAAACGAUGAACUUGCUCCUGUUUUCUUCCUCCGAUGGAUCUAUUCCGCCAUCGACUAUAUAUCAGACAGCUGGGACAGCCUCUUUCACAGCAACUGGAGAGAAAUGAUGCCCCUCUUAUCGCUGAUAUUCUCAGCCCUCUUCAUCCUUUUUGGGACUGUUAUUGUUCAGGCUUUCAGCGACUCGAGCGACGAGAGAGAUUCGCCUCCCGCCAAGAAGGAUGAAAACCCUCCGAAGGGCGAGAAGAACGACACAAGUUUCACCAAAGAUAACAGGAUCCCCAAGAAGGGCUUCGUCGAAGUGACCGAGCUGACAGAUAUCACCUACACAAGCAACCUGGUGCGCCUGAGGCCUGGGCACAUGAACGUGGUCCUGAUCCUUUCCAACCCCACCAAGACGCCUCUCCUGCAGAAGUUUGCCCUGGAGGUCUACACUUUCACUGGGAGCAACUGCCUCCACUUCUCCUUCCUGAACCUGGACAAGCAUCGGGAGUGGCUGGAGUACAUCCUGGAGUUUGCGCAAGACGCCGCCCCCAUCCCCAACCAGUACGACAAGCACUUCCUGGAGCGCGACUACACGGGCUACGUCCUGGCCCUGAACGGGCACAAGAAAUACUUCUGCCUCUUCAAGCCUCGCAAGUCGGAGGAGGACGGGGAUGCCCCGGGGAUGCCCUGUGAUGAAUCUGACCUGGGGGAGGUCCGUGGGAAGUCUUCCUCUUGCAGCCCGGGGGCGAGGUCGGUGAAAAACAAACUCAACAAGCUCUCCCUGUGGAUGGAGCGUUUGUUGGAAGGGUCCCUGCAAAGGUUUUAUAUUCCCUUGUGGCCUGCGCUAGACUGAAAAAACAACAGCAGCGGCAUAAAAUUUUGAAAAAGGAAAAAAAGAGUUUUUUCGAAAGAGAAUCUCUAUCUCAGCAGAGACGUUGAAAGAGGACAACUGCAAGCAUCUCUCUUUCUGGAGUGUCGGAAUAGAUGGUAGCUUUUUAGAUGAAUCCUCCUAGGCCCAAUGAGUUAGAAACAUCCUUCCCGCGCCUUUGACCUAGGAGCGAUCGUGGCGGCGAAUGCACUGGCGCCUGCUCUUCGUACCAAAUGGUUUGAAUGCUUGGAAGCCGUACAAUCGAAACUGGUUCACAGUCGGUGCCCCUGUCCCCCACCCCACCCCCCGCUGUCCCAGCCUGCUCCAGUUCCGCCUCUGGGUUUUUCUCCAAAGUCGAUGA